CCAUCGUCGGUACGCCUUGGGCCCCAAUUUGGGGGCUGUGCAUUCGAUAGUUAGGUUGGUUACAGAGCAUAAAAUGGCUCACGAGUCACCGCAGCGAUGAAUCCCCUGAAACGGCCCCUUUGCCGCCAUUUCACAACUGACAUCAUUUUCUGCACUUUAUCUCAUCACUUGAUUCACUUUUCAAUCAUCGUACAUACCUGACUAGGUAUCAACAACAACACCCAAAAUCAUUAUUUUAUAAAUAUUAAUAACCACCACACAACUCAACACAAGAUGGGCACUCCAAAAGAGCAACCACCUCCUUUCACCCCGGGAUCCCCGCCUGCCACGACAACCACCACUACCACCACUACUAACAACAACACCGCUCCCGCCGGUAACCCACCCCCCUACCAACCCCCCGCCUACGAGCUCCGCCCUGACACCACGGCCCCGGACCCGGACGAGCUCCUCGACCCAUGCACACUCGUAAUCCACGGCCGCUUCAUCUACCCUCUCCUGCCCGCGCCCGGCUCAGCCGACCCCCACACAGGCGAAGCCGACUCGGAACCCAUCUACCAGCUCUCGCGCGCCAUCCACGAGCAGGGGGCCGCGGCCGAGCGCAUCGAGUUCCAGCGCCUGGACCUGCGCAUACGCAACAACGGCAACGAUGACCCCGACGCCGUUGCGGGCCCCUCGCUCGCGCGCCGCGCCAAGGAUGUGUAUUGGCUGGAGCACCGCAAGCCGAUGGUGCGUGCCGGGAUCCCGUUCCAGGCCUGGCUGGAGCCGCAGACGCGCAAGGCGCUGGGCAAGGUGAGGGUGGAGAAGAGUCCGGCUUUCAGGACGGGGUAUCGCGCGAACAGGGUGGUGUCGGAUGCGGAGCGGCGGUGGAUGGAGAGGGAGGGGAAGAAGGUCAAGAAGGGGGAGUUUUACUUUGUGGUGAAGGAAAAGGGGAUUGGUGGUAUUGGUGGGGGGGAGUGGGAGUGGAGUGAUCCCGAGGGGAGGGUGGUUGCUGUGCAGGUGCGUGAGGCGGUGGACGGGGAGGAUACGAGUGGCGGGGAGGUGUUCCGGUUGAGGUUGUUGGUGCCGCUGUCGCGCCGUAUGCGGGAUACCUUGGUGGCGUUAUGGUGCUUGUGGAUGUGGCAUAUCCGUAUUGAGGAGAACAUCCCCAAGAGAACCUGGGAAGACCGAAAACGAAUCAUGCAGGCAGGCAUUGGAUUAUAGUAUUAUUCUACGAUGUAGUACUAACCUUGUAGAUGCAGAUGCCGAGGGUGUAUCCCAGCCCCACGCCGCUGGGUAGAUAGUGAUGGCCACCGUCAAGGACAUGAUCGCGUCGUGAUAGCUGAGCUGGAUAACUGCCUCGGCUAUGUGGCCAUUCGCAACCAAAACGACCGGCAACGACCCCCGAGGAGUGAGGAGACUUCCUAAUUAAGUACCUAACUACCUAAGGCUUGCUUUGCAGCAUUCGACCCUCUAAAUCAACAUCAUCUACGACUCUUCACGGCCCUCAAGUUUUGUUUAUGCUAGGAUUGAGUCAGGAGAGAGGAAGGCCAAUGAUUGUGAGUGGCCCAGAUGUCAUGUGAGAACGACUUAGAUGAUUACAUGUAGGUAAUUAUCAUUACUAUUUAGUGACAGGUGCCACGAGAACUCUAAUUAAUAUCGAGCUACCUACCUACUGAUCCUGGUGGUUGUUGCCCCCU